AGUCGACUUCACUCUCUUUGCACGAUACGAGUUCGCCAUGAGAUCGCAGUUGAGAUUCAUGACCUCAAAUACAGGAUUUGUCACAUAAGUGAUUGUCGAUCGCGUUAUGGCAUUGCUGCAACGACAUUAGGUUCAUUCAACUAUCCUAGUGCAGCUGCCCCUUGCUUCAUCGACGAUCGACUCGACGCUUUGUUCACCCAGGAGGAUCAAUUGGUAGGCAUUGAUGAGCCUAGAGAAAAGCUUACAAAUUUACUAAUUGGGGAUGAUAUGCAACGUAUGGUCAUCACGGUGUUAGGCAUGGGCGGACUUGGUAAAACCACUCUCACCAGAAAGGUAUAUGAUGACCCACAAAUGGGAGGUGAGUGCUUUAAUUGUCGAGCCUGGAUCACAGUCUCACAGAUAGUCAAUCUUAAUGUACUCCUCAGGGACAUCAUCAGGCAAGUAUUACCUCGUGACUAUAAAGUAGAUCUCGAGAAGAUGCAAAAGAAGGAUCUCGUUGAAGAACUAAAAAAAAUAUUACAAAACAAGCGUUAUAUUAUAGUGUUGGAUGACAUAUGGAACAUUGAUGCUUGGGAGAGCAUAAAACAUGCUCUACCUGAAAAUGAAAAGAGAAGUAGAGUUGUAGUCACAACACGGAUA